AUGGACAUAACUAUUCCAGGUAUUGAUGUUGUGCGAGCCGAGUUGAAGAAGAUAAUGAGUGGAGUACAGAGGUACACCAUACUGAGCCUUUCAGAAGAAAAGCCCACUUCUCUGUCGAUUGUAAAGAGCGGAGGAUGUGCAGAGGCGGUGGGUGGCAACAAGAGGUACACAGUAGAGGAGCUGCGGAGGAUAUUUGAGGAGUUUUCGUCUAAUGUUCAAGAUAAUGUGCCGUGCUUUGCAAUAUACGACUUUGUUUAUUUUGAUGACGACAGGAUUCAGAAGAAGACGCUGUGCUUGGUGUCGUACAUACCUGAAAACCUUGCUCCUCAGAAGAAUGUGCCGUAUUCUACGAAUGCACUGAACUUGAAGGAUGUGCUUAAUAUUUCCAUGCACAUCUCAAUCAAGAGGAAGAUAGACCUUGAGUUUGAUAACUUUGUAGAAAAAUGUACUGCUUUGCGGAUGAAAUAA